AUGAAGCCUUUUACCUUUUGUUCGGUGGCCCUGCUCGCCAAGCAGGCCGCAGCCCUGCCUCACAUCGACCCCGACACUCCGAUUCCUCUCAAUGCCUUCAAGUUCGGCGCCAGAGGGGACGUAGACUAUCACAACAUCAUUAGCCCUGAUGUUAUCCGGAAGUACGCUUCGCAGGCGCCUGACUGCCCUUUCCUGGGCAAGAGAGACAUUCCGUUUGACCCGGUGAAGCAGCUGGUGGAUGUUCACGGAGAUCACGAGUUCAAACCUCCCAACUGGGAGGCCGGUGACGUCCGCGGACUUUGCCCUGGUCUCAACACGUUGGCAAAUCACAACUAUCUGCCUCGUAACGGUGUGGCCACAUGGACUCAGUACGUCACGGCUGUGGCCAAGGUGUGGGGUAUGGCGCCCGAUAUCUCGGCUGUCCUCACGACCCUUGGUGUCGUCCUGGGAGGUGACCUGAUCUCCGUCUCACAGGGCGGUUGGUCAAAGUUCAUGAACAACAACCUCCUCGGCCUGCUCGGCACUCCCCGUGGCCUCGACGGCUGCCACCCCUUCUUUGAGGUCGACGGCAGCCCGACUCGCGGUGACCUCUACGACCCCAUUGGCGACAACAACAACAUGAACAUGAGCUACUUCAUGGACCUGUACAACCUGCAGAAGGACGCUGAGGACCCCAACUACAGCAUUGAGGUGCUGUACGAGCACAACAAGAACCGCUGGCACCAGACCAUCGCCGUGAACCCGUUUGCUUGGUUUGGCCCUGCUUCUGGUUGGCUCGUCCGCGCUAGCCCGUACUCUUUCACGGCGCGCCUUGUUGCCAAUCGCUCUGCCGAGUACCCCGACGAGGGCAGACUCAACAAGGAGAACCUCAAGAGCUUCUUCUCCGUCUAUGGCCCUGAGGACAACAUGACCUACAUUGUCGGCCACGAGCGCAUCCCCGAGAACUUCUACCGCCGCCACUUCACCGACUACGGGAUCCUCGCUAACGCCCUCGAUAUCAUUACCUACAGCGCGCCUGAGACUCUGAGCAUCGGUGGAAACACCAACGGCGUCAACACCUUCGUCGGCAUCAACCUGAACGAUUUGGCGGGCGGUGUCCUUAACGCGGAGAACCUCCUGCAGGGUAACAACCUGAUCUGCUUUGCCCUCAAUGCUGUCAAGACCGUCUCUCCCAAUGCCCUCUCCUCGAUCUAUGCAACCCUGAAGCCGGUCACCGACCUCAUCUUUGCCGCCAUCGAGCCCGUGAUUGGAGCUCUCGCCUGCCCCGUCUACGGCGACCUGUCUGUCAACGGCACCAACUGGUUCGACUACAACGCCGAGAAGUACCCUGGUUUCAAGAAGGCUGGCGGCGGCUGGUAA